UUAAAUAUGAACCUCGUUGCCGUUAGUAACUUCUUUGAUCCCUGUUAACUCCUAUAUACGAAACUUCUACUGCACCUGCUCGCGAUAACAAGGGAGUGAAAAACGUCUAUCGUUGAUAAUGACCAAGUAGAAUGUUUUCUUGUGCCACUUCCGAACACAGCAGGAUAUGUAGAACAAGUUUUUAGUUUACCAUGCUGGUUACUAUUGCAUUUCUCUUUAUGGUUUUGUUUGCCGUGCAGUCAACGAACAGCUUCGAAUGCAUAAAGCUUGGGUUGCAGUUAGGAAACCGUGGACGUCCGGGUAAAGUUAUUCCACAAAAGUCGAACCACACUGAAGUUUGUAAAGACCAAAAUAUUUGCUAUGCUACUUGGAAACACGAUGGGAAAAGAUUGAAACUUCUUACCCAAGGUUGCCUGCCCAGAACAGAAAUCCAGCCACGAAAUAAAUUUUACUGCGGAUCGUCGACCUGUGGAGAAGCAAACCCGAAAAGCUGUAAACAGGAUCUGUCUGCGUUUUGUUGCUGCAAUAAAACGAUGUGUAAUUUUGAAGUCGUACCAAAUUCUUGUCGUAGCACCCAAUCAAACACCAAACACACUGUCACGGCAAAUAACGAUGAUCAACAGAUAGUGAUCUUGAAGGCGGUGGUGAUCAUUUGCAUUCUCGUUCUCUCUCAAAUCAUUGUUUUCGUCUUCAUUCACUUUAUACUUGAAGUUACAUGUUAUGACAUACGAAACUCUGCGAUCAAGUUUGUUGCUUCUCUGGCCAGUUUCUCGUGUGCCGCGGAACCCGAUAGUGAUAACACAGAUGGAUCACAAAACUUCAAUCUUGAUAGUGUAUGA